UAUCAAUAGCAACUCGUUUAGCAAACAACAAAGAGUGUAACCAGCUGGUGUGUGUCUGUCACCAUGACAACUCUGGAUGAUAAGAUUUUGGGGGAGAAGCUGCAAUAUUAUUACAGCAGCAGUGAGGAUGAAGAGAGUGAUCACGAGGAUGAUGAGAAUGGAGUCAAAACCAUCCGUGACCCCGAUGUGCUGGAAGCAGAGAUCGACUACAGCCCUGAUGGCACUGCUGUCAACACUGGUCCUAAGGGAGUGAUAAAUGACUGGAGGAAAUAUAAGCAGUUGGAGACUGAGCAACGGGUGGAGCAGCAGAAAGAGAUGGAGAAACUGAUCAAAAAACUUAGCAUGACCUGUAAAUCGCACCUGGAUGAGGAGGAAGACAGACAAAAACAGAAAGAGCUACAGGACAAGAUCAAUGGCAAGAUGGCCUUGCGGGACGGUGAGGAUGAUGAUGAUGACGAAGCGUUUCUCCAGCAGUACCGUCAACAGAGGAUGGAGGAGAUGCGGCGUCAGCUGAGCGGCGGACGUCGCUUCGAGCGCGUCUUUGACCUCUCCGGCGGGGAGGAGUUUCUGCGGGCAGUGGACGAGGAGGCCAAAGGUACACUGGUCCUGAUCCAUAUCUAUGAGCCGGAGGUGCCGGCAUGCCAGGCCAUGGAGGGCAGCCUCCUGUGCCUGGCGCUCCAGUACCCACAUGUGAAAUUCUGUCGGGUCCAGGGCUCAGCCAUAGGCACCAGUGCCCUCUUCCGCAGCUCUGCUCUCCCCGCCCUGCUGCUGUACCGCGGGGGAGAGCUGGUUGGGAAUUUGGUCCGUGUCUCUGAUCAGCUUGGAGAUGAUUUCUAUGCCACAGAUGUGGAGGCCCUGUUACAAGAGUAUGGGUUACUGCCAGAGAAGCACACACACACGCACUCAUCCAUCCGCAAUGCAGCUGUCACACACGACAGUGAGACGGACAGUGACCUGGAUAUAGACUAGUGCAUACGCAGGCGUGUAACAAGAUUCUCCUCUGUGAUCUAUGCUCUAUACGUUGACCAAAAUGUUUGUGAAACUCCUCAAACCAACACACACAAACACCUGUUUGAAAUGGGGAUAAAGGAAAUUCCAUUCCAGAGUAAAUUUCUACACUGACAACAGGAAUAUAGUUUAAUAGCAAACUAUAGCAUGCGAGCGCGCACACACACACACACACGUAAAAGGACCUGUAAUUCAUACAGAUCAUAAACUUGGGGUCUAAGAGAAUCAGAUGGUUAUUUUAAAAAGCAGAAAUAUUCAGCCACAGGGAUAACUUUGCAAAACCUGUUUUGAGAUUAUUCUCAGAUUUUAACAUUUUAUUGUAGCUGUACAAAGCCAUGGCCCUAAAGUUAAGAUUUGUCCAUUUUUCACUUUUUAGCCAUUUUGGUUUUGCCUUCGAACAUAACAGUAGAUAGGGGAUCUGUUCACUGUGACAGCUGAGGUUUGAACAAGACCUCAGUCUGAUAUAGUCCAGUUUUUACAGAUCUAGGCAAGCUGAUGGUAACACGUUGAAACUAGCGAUUAUCGCAGCAUUUGAAAUCAUCAUAUCAGAGCUCCGUCUAUCACAGUGUUUUAAGGUAAAAACACAUGGUGAAAGUAUGAAAUACAGAUGAACCUCUAUUUUAAAAUCAACAAAAAAAACCACAAUCACUACUUAGAGAAAUACCACCUGCCUGUUUGUGUGUGUUCAAUCAGCAUGUGUUACCCUGAGGCAAAAAAAACCCCAUAAAUCCCAAAUAAGGAAAAUUAGUUUGUACUGUAUGCAAACA